GCCACUGGCCGGCAACCCAAAUCAGCCCAGGGGCACCUCACUCAAUACAUGACCGCAGCCCUCUCCGAAGUCACCUUAUCCAAACAACACCAACCAUCGAUAUCGUUUUCCGCCGCAGAUCAACGCGCCGGCUUUCUUUUUGGCAGCAUCUUCAGCAUAGCAGCUGUUACGAUCGUCAACUAUCGCUAUACACUCGUUAUCAGUAUCACGACCAUCGAAAUCACAUCCAUAUUCCGCGCUCGCGACGGCUCGGCGAGCAACGGCACCGCUCCCGCUUUGAAAUUGAGACCAGACAAACCACCCAGACCUGCCUUCCAAGUGCCCCGUCGCGUGUUUCUUUCUUCUUUGCUUCAAGCCUCCAAGAACGCUACUCCGACCACCCGCCAGUAGCUGCCCAAGAUGGCAGGCCACAACUUUAAGCAGCUCGUCUUCGAGCAGUUCUUCACAGAGAGUGUCCCUCUCCCGGAGCCUGAGCCUACCACGACCACCUCGCUAGUACCUUCAGCCCUGGCGAGCGAUACAGAGCAGCCCAAGGAAGAAGCCAAGGCUCCGGAGCCGGUCCCAUCGUAGGCCGAUGAGGUGGAGGAAGAACUUGGCCAAGAACAACCACCACCGGCAGCGGUACCGGAACCAGCUGCUGAAGAUGACAUUGAGGACACCGCUGAGAAAGAGGAUGUACAAGUCACUACAAUUCCGCUAUCAGGUGAGGCAACACCCGCUGCUGCGGAUGUGGCGCCUCCAGAGUCAGAUUCCCCGGAGCUGGAGUCGCCAGGGUCGGAGUUGGCAGACUAUGAACAGGAGACCGGGUACGAGUCUUUUACACAGGGUCAGAGCUCUAGUGAUAAUGACAAGAGGCUUAGCACAAUACCUGAAGAGCCGUCUGAUUCAGAAGGUUCCCACGACAACUUUCUACCAGUUGAUAGCCCGGAUCAACCGGUUGAUCCAAGGGAAGAAGACCACACUGAUGUACAAUCAACUGAUUUGCACGGAGAACCACCACAAAUGGUUCCGGAGGGCCCUACUGCUCCCGAAACGCUUACCGGCUUUAGCCCAGCUCAGCUUCAUCCUGAAAGCUUCCCGCCCUUAUAUGUCAAUCCAGACAGAACUCCAGUUUCCGGCACGCCUGGUGGUGUAGCGCCAUCGUCUGCUGGCGAGGGACAGUCGGUUGAACCAGAAAAGCACGAACCCGCUGUCCCGGAAUUUGCGCAAGAGAAUCCAGCGAAUGACAACAACGAAGACAACGGUCUGGGAGAUGGUGAACGGCAGAAUAUCGACGCCUGGGCAAGAGGAGAAGCUGAACUCACAACCCAUGUUGAGCCCGAUGAUGAAGCACCUGCAGCCGGGUCCCCGGAUAUUCCCGAGUUAUGUAAUGUUCUACGUCCACCUCGUUCAUUGAACUCCUCGGACAAUAAUUCGUCGGAUACAUCAGAGGUUGCUGCUAAAGGCCAGUUUCAACACGAAUCCCUGGACGCGUGGCAAAGACGGUUACAAGACGAGUCCCGGGGAUUUCCAGAGCCCCCUAUGGGUACGAUGGCCUCUAUGUUUGAUUAUACUCCUUUUUCCGAGACUGCUUCCAACGCACCUGCGUCCAAAGACACUCCGCCCAACGAUUUGCCCGGCGAUAGAAUCGCAGAACCGACGGAUGCUGCCUCAUCUUCGGACGGCACUCUCUUCGAUGCCGAGACCACCCCGCUGGCCACCCCGCCGCACAAUGGUAACGGCGUUAUUCCCACAUUAAUUAGCUCAUUUGACAAACGCACGUUCUUUGAAAACCUGUCGAGAGUUUUCAAAAAGGGAAGAAAACGAGCAGAGAAACUUCGUGAGCGGAUCACGUUGCUUGAAACUGGGAUUGGCGGUGCUGUUCCAACGUCAAUUGAUGAACAGAAGAACAAAGACCACGUCCAACACAUGCCUGAAGAGAGAAGCCGCUAUAACAGUAUCAUGAUCAAAUUAUUAAAAGAAGGAUACAAUGUUCCAAUACCGUGGGAUGCACUCGAAGAGCCGCAAAAUGAAGAAGAAGAUAUCAGCAGCUCCGCGGGACCUCUCAUGAAGCAAGCACAAGCGGGAGUCUCUCCCCCGCAAAACAUCUCUGAAGCUGGCAAAGAGGAAUCACUUGAAGCUGGAAGAGCCUUGGACAAAUUACUCGAUGAAAAACUGGGAGAAGCCAAAAACGCUCAGAAAAAGGUAGCUAAAGGGGAAACGAAGACCGAUGGCCCCCAAGUUAACCCGAUUGAGCACCAGAAGCCAAAUGUUGCUAAGACACCGGAUAACCCCGAGAAGCCAGAGGUCCUCGAGGCAAGGGGAGAACAAGCUCCGGAGUACAAGACCCUCGCAGAAGAAAGGCGUAAAGCCGAGCGGGAAGAUGCGGACCGCAAGCCAGCGGAGCAAACUGUCAAGGGUGAGGAAGAGGAAACCGCAAAGAAUGACGGGGAUGUCAAGCCCAAAACAUUGGAGGAGCAGCAAAAAGCUAAGCAAGAAGAAGAGGAUCGCAAACUAGCACAGCAGAUUGCCAAAACCCAACAAGAAGAAGCCGCAAAAGCUUCCGAGGAUGCAAAGCGCAGACAGGCAGAGGAAGCUGACGAUCUAGCCAAGUCCACCGAGGCCGAAAAGGACAAAGCCCUCGGAGAGCGGAUCAAGGCUGCUGAAGCUGAAAUGCUCAAGGAAAUUGGACACGCAAGGGCUAAAGUUGCAGAGGCCGAGAGGCUCACAAAGACCGAAAAAAACAAGGUCAAAACGGCCAAUUCUGAAAUGUCCGUAGCCCGCAUAGAUGCCGAGGCUCUUGAAGAAAAACGACGCAAAGCCGCGCAAGAGGGCAAAGCCAAAGACGCUGAAGCGCUUGAAGACAGGAGGCGCAAAGCACUUGAAUUGGCCGAAAAAGCUGCGGUUGCAGAAAAAGAAGCGUCUGAAAAGGUCAAGGUGUAUCAAGAGGCGGAAGACAAAGCCCGUGAAGAGCUCAGACUCCUUGAGCUUGUGAGGCAGGACGCCGUCAAAGCGGAGAAGGCCAAGGCUGCUGAACUUGGGAAUUGGAACGUGGCCGUGAACGAAAAGGCAGCUGCAGCCGAAAGAAGAAGGAUCGUUCGCGAGGCAGAAGAGGCUACUUUGGCUAAAACCACCGUCGAGAAAACCCCCAAGACUUUCACUCCAGGAGGAAAACUCACCUCUGUUGCUGCAUCGAGAGGUGAUGUGUCGAGGACAAGAGACAAUCACAAAUUUGUGCCAUUUUUGAAGACUUCGAAAGUUGCUGCAGCAAGAAGUGAAGCCGCCAAAGAUGCCGAUCGCAAGCACGCAGCGGCCGGAGCUGAGAAGCGCCAGGCACUCGAGGCUGCUGGGGCUGAAAAGCGCAAAGAGAUCAAGAAGGGGAAUCAGCAGCCGGGCGUUGUGAAAGCUUCCGAAGCGAACGUUCCCAAGUCUGCUGAUCCGGCCAUUUCCAAAUCUCCUGAAGCGAGUAUUCCCACAGCUCUGACAGAAGCAGAGAAACCAAGAAACUUUUACGAGACCAUAAGGAGGCGCAGGGAAUGGGAAGCUCAACGGGAGGAGGCUAAGAAAAAAGACGAGGCUGAAAAAAUCAUUAAACCCCCUGAAGCCGAUAUUUCCAAGCCUUUCGAAGCGAACGUUCCCAAGCCUGCUGAUCCGGUCAUUUCCAAAUCCCCUGAAGCGAGUAUUCCCACGCCUCUAACAGAAGUAGAGAAACCAAGAAACUUUUACGAGACCAUAAGGAGGCGCAGGGAAUGGGAAGCUCAACGGGAGGAGGCUAAGAAAACAGACGAGGCUGAAAAAAUCAUUAAACCCCCUAAAGCCGACAUUUCCAAGCCUUCCGAAGCGAACGUUCACAAGGCUCCUGAAAAAAUCAAUAAACCCCCUGAAGCCGAUAUUUCCAAGCCUUCCGAAGCGAACGUUCACAAGCCUGCUGAUCCGGCCAUUUCCAAAUCUCCUGAAGCGAGUAUUCCCACACCUCUAACAGAAGCAGAGAAACAAAGAAACUUUUACGAGGCCAUAAGGAGGCGCAGGGAAUGGGAAGCUAAACGGGAGGAGGCUAAGAAAAAAGAUGAGGAAACACGACGGGACUGGUUGGAGGAGAAAAAGAAGCAAAUGCAUGCCAACGACAAACCUGCUUCUACUCAGCAGGCGAAGGUGGAAGAGGCAUGGCCCAGUUUGCCCUCUACAUCACAGCAGGUGAAGCCUGAAGCUCUGGGUGCUGCCCCUCCAUCAGUCAAACUUCCCAAAAUUAUCAAGAUUGCCCCGCCUAAAGAGAAGUCUCAAAGCUCCGCUAAGGCAAACCCGCAGCAGAAGCCUCAAUCGCCUACCCGAAAGCCGCAGCAAGCCUGGUCUCAACCGAAGCCAGAUGGCAAUGAUCGCGGAAAGACCCAGACUCUGGUACAGGUGAAAUCGCAAGAAAAAACUCAAGAGCAGGCUCAAGCUUCGGCUGCGGAAAACACUCAGGGUCAAUCUCAGAAGACCAUGAAAGGCCCGGCGCCAAAGACGCAUCCCGUUCCAGCUAAGGAGAAGCCACAGCCUCCAGCUCAGAAGAAGCCACAGGAUCCAGUUAAGAAGCAACCACAGUCCCAAGCACAGAAGAAGUCACAGCAACCACCUCAACGAAAGGAUGAAGCUCCAGCUCAGCAAAAGCCUCAAGUUCCAGCCGAGGAGAAACCCCAGCCUUCACCUCAGAAGAAGCCACAGCAACCACCCCAACAGAAGAGUCAAGCUCCUGCCCGAGUAGAAAAACCGGAACCUUCUGCCUGGAAGAAAAGGAUUAACAAUUUGAAUGCUAAAAUCUCUGAAGAAAGUACUCAUACAAAGUCUCAGCCGCCUCGACCCUCAAUUGUAUUUGGGGAGAAAAAGAACGAAUUGCAGAAGGGAAACAGCGCAGAUCAGACCCAGGCUGAAGUUCCAACUGACAAUAAGCCUCAACUUGAGCCUACAUCAAGCAAAACAAAGCAAGAUGUUGGACCUGAAGCCACUCCAGCUACAAAAAUGGACGACAAAAAGGUCGAGGAGACACUAUACGUUCCACCACAGCAUCAAGAAACGGUUGAUACUAAGGCGCAAGAAGACCAGCUGAAGGCCCAGAAAGUCGAGACUGAAAGACUUGAGCACGAGAAAGCCGAGCAAGAACGCGUUGCACGAGAGAAGGCAGAAAGGGCGGAGCGCGAAAAGGCUGAGCGUGAAAAAGCUGAACGUGAGCAGGUCGCACUCGAGAAAGCGCGCGAGAAAGCCGAACAAGAAAAAGCUGAGCGUGAAAAAGCCGAGCGAGAAAAGGCCGAACGGGAGCGUGUUGAACGUGAGAAGGCGCGCGAGAAGCUUGAGCAGGAGCGCAUCGCACGUGAAAAGGCUGAACUCGAGAAAGCUGAACGUGAGCGGAUUGCAGCUGAGGAGGCGCGCAAGAAAGCUGAACUUGAGAAAGCUGAACUUGAGAAAGCUGAACGUGAGCGGAUCGCAGCUGAGAAGGCGCGCAAGAAAGCUGAACUUGAGAAAGCUGAACUUGAGAAAGCUGAACUUGAGAAAGCUGAACGUGAGCGGGUCGCAGCUGAGAAGGCGCGCAAGAAAGCUGAGCAAGAAAAAGCCGAACAGGAGCGAGUUGAACGUGAGAAGGCGCAGGAGAAAGCCCUACAAGAAAAGGCUGAGCAGGAGCGCAUCGCACGCAAAAAGGCUGAACAGGAAAAGGCUGAGCGCCGAAAGGCCGAUCUCGAGAAAGCUGAACGUGAGCGGGUCGCCCUUGAGGAGGCGCGCAAAAAGGCGGAAGAAGAAAAGGCUGAGCAGAAACGCAUUUCACGCAAGAAGGCUGAGCUUGAGAAGGCCAAACAGGAAAAGGCUGAGCGCGAAAAGGCUGAUCGUGAGAGAGCUAAGCAAGAAAAGGCUGAGCAGGAGCGUAUAUCACGAGAGAAGGCUGAACAUGAGAAAGCUGAGCGUGACAAGGCCGAGCAGGAGCGCGUUGCCCGUGAACAGGCCGAACGUAAGCAGGCCGAGCAGGAGCGGGUCGCACGCGAGAAAGCCGAACAUGAAAAGAGUGAGCGCGGAAAGAUCCAACAGGAACGGCUUGCACACGAGAGGGCUGAACACCAGAAAGCCGAGCGCGAGAAAGCCGAGCAUGAGGAAGCUAAGCGCCAGGUAUUCGAACGUGAAUUAGCCAAUCGUCAAAGGGUUGCUCGCGAGACGGCAGAGCGUGAAGAAGCCGAACGCGAGAGAUUGAUGCACGAAAAAUUCAAGGCUGAAGAAUUCGAGCGGCACAACCUCGCGGCCCAAAGGAUCGCACGUGAAAUGGCCGAAUAUGAAAGGGUUAAAGAAUGUGGACCCGAGGAUAAGUAUAUGGAAGCUGAAAAACCCAAGCCAGUUGUCCAGAGUGGAACUGCAAACCCGGUGGUCAAGGAAAAGGAGGAGAGAACCCAUGCUGGCCAGCCAAUUUUCAAUCUUGAUGGCUCGGAACCAAAGCAUAAGGAUAAAAUGCUCCAAGUUUGCUUGAACUUGAAAGCAAAGAGGCUUGAAUUGGUUGAAAGCGCCGAGGAGUAUGGUGAAGCAGCGAAGCGCCAGAACGAGAAGAUGGAGGAACUUGUCCAUCUGAGGGAUCACAAUCUCAUGAUCAGAGAGCAAGAGCUUCAGAAGAUAAAGCUAAUUGAUGAACAACUGGAGAAGGAAGUGCGCGCUAUACGUAGAGUAAUCGCAGAAGAGCGACGAAAGAUAGAAGCGAAGCAGCGGAUGCUUGAUGCGGUGCAGGCGGAAUUGAAGGCUGAAAAACCUCUUGACUGGGUUCCAUUCAUUGUGUCCUCGGCCCAACCCAACCUGAACCGGGAGCAAGGACAUGAAAGGGGGAGGGAAAGGGAGCGCCGCUCUGCGGUGGGCUUGAGCAGUCAAAUUCCAGGAGCACCUGAGAAUUAUGGCGAGGAAUACCCGCUGGAAGGACAUCCCGCUUGGGGACAUGUACCCGAGCAGGACCAGUAUCCUUCAGUUGACGCUCCGUCUUGGAAUUCGUAUCCUUUUAACGAAUCCAAAAAUUCAGCACCAGAACAGGAGCAGUCAGGAGGACCUAGAAACCCGCUACCCGAAGCACCAAGGUCACUUGGAGUCCCCCAGAAAGCUGUGAUUCUUCCUACAGAAGACUAUGAUACAUCUCAGGUAUCAAGACUACCCGCAGAGUUUCAAAGCACGAUCCCAGGCCAGACUCACGUGCAGAACUUCGAAAACCAGCCCCCAGAAACCGGCUUCGCGGGCAUGUUCUGCAUGAAUUGCCACUGGGUAUUCGAAAAGCUGCGUUGUUCCUGCACCUGGGGCUCACUCAGCCGAGCUCGUCCCCUUCUCUGCCAAUGGUGCGGAUGGGAACACGGCUUCCUCUAUUGUCCCACUCAUCGUCUAAGCUUUUGGGACCAUACCUCUGUGCCUGUUCAACCUCCUGCUGAACUGACUCGGGUCUCGCAUCCAACAUCAUCAUAUCAAAGUGGCUACCAAGGACAAACAUACGUGCCCCAACCGCAGUGGAAUGCGCCUCCACCGCAGUGGAAUGCGCCUCCACCGCAUUUAAACGCACCACAGCAAGGCUUGCAUGAAUUCCAACCACAAUUCAACCCAUCCCAAGGACCUUUGAUGUCGCCACGGGAACCUGUAUGGGUGCACAAUGAUGCAAUUCCUGAACCAAAUCUACAAGGGCCGUAUACUCAACCAAACCAUCAUCGACAACUUUACGACCCUCGCAACCCAAGCAGGUCACAAAAUGAGCCGUAUACUCAACCAAACCAUCAUCGACAACUUUACGACCCUCGCAACCCAAGCAGGUCACAAAAUGAGCCGUAUCCGUCAGGUUCUAAUCCCCCAAAGGGUUCAAGGGCCGAGAGGCCUUCGAGGCCCAGAAGGACGAGCAGUUCACACAGUGGCCCGAAUCAGCCAGGGUUGGGGCCACGCCUUUGGAGUCCAAACCAAAAGAAGUUGUUGGACUCGUUCAAGGGAGAUGGUGAUCGUGGAGAACAAGUCCCUUCGCAGGCUCCUGUUGCGGAAGGGAAUAUCGUAACAAGCUCGACGCUUCCGAGUGUCCAGGAGGAGACCAAGUCCGCAGGAAGAGGUCGUCAAAGAAAACACCGCAACUCAAGGUGAAGCCGC